UUAAAAGCUGCGCUGAGGCAGGCACAAUCUGCAUAAGGGGAACUCCUUUGUGCUUAAAGUUGAGCACACAACCAGGGCCUGAGCUAGAACUCUUCAAGCGUCAAAGCCCCCCCACCCCCAAGACAUCCCUGUCCAGGACUUGACGCCGACUUGUAGGGGACUGGAGGGUCUUUCUCACGUGACACUAGCCUGCUUCAUCUGUUGAGGGGGCUGACUGGGAGCAGCCAUGAGUCCUGGACUUCAGGCAACUGAGCAAGACCACCGCAGAACUGAAGGCCUAAGAAAGGUGGCCAGCCAGCAACGUCCUCUGUGGUUCCUGCUGCAUUUCUUUGGUUGUGAAAUGAAUUCUUUUGUCAGAGGAAAGAGAGUCAGCUUGCAAAUGGAAAGGGUGCUGGGAAAAUGGGCAUCAGUGUUGAUCUGGAAGACGAAUCUGCUAAGCUGGUUCUAAAUGUAGGGGCCACCACACUUGGAGAGAAGAAUAGAAAGGAAAUGAACAGUCUGCUCAGAAAAAGGGAGAACGAGUGCAUCUCUCAAGCUGUGUGUGCUCUCCUGAAUUCUGGAGGCGGGGCCAUCAAGGUUCCACUUGAAAACCCCAAUUACAGCCUCACUCGGGAUGGGCUAGGCCGGGAUCUGGAAGCCUCUCUCUGUAAAGGUUUGCCAUUUGUUCAGUGGCACCUCGACUUCAGGGUGUGUGCAGGCUACUUUUACAUCUCCGUGAAAUCAUGGAGUCUGGAUGUCUGCGGGCUGCCGAUUGCCACCCUGAGAACCAAUUUGUAUCUAAGAAGCAUGUCAUCCUCAGUAGAAGUGAGUGCUGCUGAUGCUCUGGAGUUCCUCCUAGACCUGCAGGACACUGGAGGGAGACCCCGUGUCAGACCCCAGCUGCCUGCAAGGAGAGCCUGCCCUGGAGUAGAGGAAGAGGCUCUCCUGGAGGACUUGGCUGUUGCCUUUUUCAACAAGACAGAAUUUCAGCAUGAAGAAAUUUUCCAGUUCACCAGAUCUGCCUAUGUUGAAAUUAUGCCGUUUGCAGCGAAAGGACUGCAAAAACGCAUUAAAGAAUUUCUCCCUCCAGUUGUCUCUGCUUUUGCAAACACGAAAGGGGGAUAUUUGUUCAUUGGUUUGGAUGGGAAGAAGCAGCAAAUAAUUGGUUUUGAGGCAGAGAAGAGCGAUCUUGUGCAUCUAGAGGGUGAAAUAGAACAGUGCAUCCAGCAGCUGCCUGUCACUCACUUCUGUGAGGAGAAGGAGAACAUAAAGUACACGUGCAGAUUCAUCGAAGUGCACAGACCAGGAGCUGUGUGUUCAUAUGUCUGUGCGCUGAGAGUGGAGAGAUUCUGCUGUGCAGUGUUCGCUGCAGAGCCUGAGUCUUGGCACGUGGAAGACGGCUGCGUGAAGAGGUUUACCGCGGAGGAAUGGGUCAAGCUCCAGAUGGAUGCCAUAGUAGGUUGAGGAAGAGGGAUUUAGCAAUCAGUUUACAGUUGGUAACUUCAUCUGCUUUUCAUCUUUCUUCCAUAAAGCUUUGUUAUGUUUGGGUAGUCAUACUUGCCAAAAAUUGUUUUGCCCUUUUAUUAUGUUUCUAGAAUAAAUGAUCUUUUCACAACAUCACAAA